AUUCUAAGACAGUUAUGUAGCCGCAACUCAAGGAGCAACUUGAGUUCAAUUGAGAGACUCUUUGACACUGGAGAACUAUUAAACUGCAAGACAGUGUAGCGGCUUCCAUAGCUCUGCUACCUAUAGAAGCAAAUGAGUCACAUUCUUUGGGUUGCUGUCCUCAUACUGAAUGCAGAUCAGGUGACAAGUUUAAGCUGUGAGUAACUUGUUAAUGAUGUAAUUUAGUUUUGGUUUAUACUUCAGUAGACAACAAAUCUUAAAGUGACGUAAUUAAUAUACAUGAAUGACACUUGAAUUUCUCUUGAAACCCAAUAAUAAAAGUAUGUAUUUCUUUAUUUAUUAGCACUUAACAUUAGCAAAAUGCACAUCACAUUUUUAUCCUUAAUAAUAUAUACAAAAAACGUUUACACAUGUCCAGAAGAAAAUGUUAUGCAGGAUAAAUUUUCUUAUUACUUCAUUUGUGAAGCCUUGUUUGGCUUUCCCUGGCAGAAUCCUUCAUGAAAGCCAAACUGUGAGACAGUUAACUAGGUCAUCUUAAAAAAUGCAGCAGAGUGUGUGUUGUUUUGGAACUUUCUGGCAGACUAAAACUGUGUACCAAACUGCAAAUCAAAUCUGGAACCACUAGAGAUGGUUUGCUCAUCUACAGUUUUAUGGUCUUUUCAGCGGAGAGCCCCAGUUCACAAUAUUGUGUGAACAUAAUACCACCUACAGAUUGGCAUAGUGCUUUUAACUUGUGCAGGGAACGUGGAUCAGACAAAAGCAUUCUUCAGAUAUUAAAUGACUUAGACACUGAAAAGUUUUACAGUACACUACAUCUCUACAAUAUAUAUGCAUUUUGGGGAGAUGUGAGAAAAAUUUCAAAUUCUACAGCUGGUGACGUGAAGGAAAGAUUGAGGUCUGAUGGACGUGAACUUGUACUGCUGUUUCCAGAGACAUUAUUAGGAGAAUAUGUGUGUGGAGAACAUAACUUACCUGAAAAAAGUCUGGGUAAUCCUAAGUGUUGGUUACUUGGAUUUCGACCAUGGCACCUAAGCAGUGCAGUUAAACUUGAAUGUCUUAGUGUAACAGUGUUGGAAUUCAAUGUCACAAAGAUUCAGAUGAGUGUAACCACCACAGGUGAAGGCUACCUGAUAUGUCAAGCAUGGACCAACAAACACAUAAAGCCUAUAUUAUCCAAUACAGUUGUCAAAAAACAUUACAAUGACAAACAAAGAUUUGCACUGGAACUGAAACUGCGCUGUAGUGAAAAUCUCAGCAUAUGCAGCAACCCACAAAAAUCCAUUGAAAUACUGGCAGCUGACCUGAAGAAAAAAUCUCCAAAUACUGUUCGUUAUUUGCCUGCUGCUAUUCUUACUUCACCUACUUCUGAAACACUCCAAGUUAUUCUUCAUCUCAUUGGACCUAUCUCUGAUAACAUAAAGAACCUUAUAAAAAACAGCACCUCAUAUGAGCUAAUCGGAUUGCACAGUCUUUGGCAUUGUGAUGAAGAACCACCCCUUUGGCAUUUAACAAAUGCUGACAGGAGAACUAUAGCAACUGAUGGUACAGCUUAUCGUAUGUGCCAUGGUAACUUUACCUCAGGUGCUCACUGGGGACCAGUAAUGAAGCUGAAGGGUUCAAACCUGGGAUCAAAAAGAAGAAGAUUACAUGAACUCAUCAUGGGAACAGGAAACCAUACCACUAGUGCACUCAGUAAUCUGCAGUCCAUUAUCAGAGACAGAACAGAUGAAAGUGGUCAGAAACUGUCAGCUAGUGACAUUGUUAUUGUAGGUCUUGCUUUAGACUCAGCUGACACAGAGAAACUGAAUUCUUCAGCUGUGGAAGCUGUGGCAGAGGUAACAGCAGCUAUGACAAGGCAAGACAAAGAAGUACUGGAAGAAGCCCAGCAGACAGCAGAAAGUAGUAAUGUCAUACUGAUGAAUGUGGACAGAAUAUUAAGUGAGAUCGACAUACAUGAUGUGCCAGAUGAGAAAGUACUGGCUGUCACUCCAACAUUUGCAACACUUGUCUUCAAUCUACAAACGGCAGGAUGCAGACAUCAAAUUCGAGGUCUUGCUUUACUGAAAAAACAAGACAUUCAUGAGAUACGUAGUGAGGAAAUCGUAAUUUUGAGGUGGAAUGACACAGCAGACACACUGACAGCAAAAGGAGUUCAUGCUGCUGCUGUGUUGCCCCUGCAGCUUCUUUCUUCUCUGAUGGGACUUGCUACAGACAACUUAUCCGAAACCGAACUGAUUGCUCAGCUCAAAAGAUCUUGCUUAUCAAAGAAUGAACUGAAAGGACACCACGACAGGGUAGUUAUCAGCAUCUUCUGGAAUGAUAAACUUUUUAUACAGCAGAAUGUGCAGAGAAUAAAAUUGUCAACCAUAAUGGGUGUGACAGUUAAUGGUCGCACUCACAUGAAUCUUGACUAUCCACUUCUCCUAAAAUACAACCUGGACUCCGAAACUGGCUAUUUUCUUAACAUUUAUGAUACAAACCAAAGGGACAGCUGCGUCUUCUGGAAUUUGAAUGCUGGUGGUGGCUGGUCAAAUGAUGGUUGCCUACCAGUUGACAGCACGUUAACAAGCUGUGCCUGUUUCCAUACCACCCACUUUGGUGAAAUGCUGCAUGGGAGAGACCAUCAAGCAAUUUUAAAUCCAGUUCACAAUACAGCUCUACAUUAUGUGGCACUUGUUGGCUGCGUACUGUCGAUAGCUGGACUAGUCGCUAUAAUAGUAACAGCAUUAAUAUUUCCAAAUUGGCGUCACCAAGGCCGUGCAGUAGUACAGUUACAGCUAUGCAUUGCACUCUGUGGAUUAGCAACUACUUUGUCAGUGCGUGUGACAGCUGAGGAGUUAUUGCCAGACUGGCGUCCUCAGCCUGGCCUUCCCUGCACUUUGUCAGGAGCCACACUUCAGGUCUUCCUCCUGGCAUCUCUCCUGUGGAUGUUUGCGACUGGUCUACAUAUGCGCCAAAGACUGUUGAAUCCUUUCUUUGAUUUUUCUCCUACACCCCUUACAAAGCAGCUCUGGGCAUCAGCAAUUCUUUGUUGGAUGCUACCACUGGCCUUGGCUGGAGUUUCUGUAUGGACAUCACAAGGAGCAUAUGAGCCACCAGAUUGUUAUCCACGAGGUCAGAUACUGCAGUUCAGUGUAACAGUGCCUGCCCACAUGCUAAUUGCAGCCAACACCCUGAUACUAGCAUUAUGCAUCCACAUUACCUGCAGCUCAUCUCAUAAAUCCUUGCGACUUUCAAAUGCCUCUCAAAUUGAAAAACGCAUUCGCAGACAGCUACUGUUUGCAAUAUAUCUGUCAGUCUUACUUGGGAUGGGAUGGAUUUUUGGCUUGAUGCAUAUGGAUGCUGUCUUCAAUGUAACUGCCUCUCUGCAGGGGUUUUCCAUCUUCAUAUUUGCCGUAGUUUUGGAUGAGAAAACAAGAUCUAUGUGGACUCAGUUGCUGUGUAAUCAUGUGAGUAAGAGGCAAAGUGGAAUCGAUAUUCGAUUAACAUGCACAUCUUCAACACUCAACACUUCAACAACAGGUAGUGUGGGCAAGACCAAUCAUAUUUCACAAAGCAGAGAUCACUGAAAUGGUUUAAAAACGUAAGAAAAUUAUCAGUAAGUACUUCACUGUGAUAAAUGUAUAUAAUUUGAUACAUACCAGUCUGUAACGUCUGAUUUAUGAGAAAUCCAUCUCUUUCAUUAAACACUGAAUUUUCAUCUAUGAGAUUAUGUAUUCUCAUUCGGAUUUGCUGCUGUGCACUGGCAAAAAAUUAAAUUAUUUUUCUCAUUACAGACAGAUCCAAGUUCCAUCACAAUAUAUAUUUUUUUUUUUUUUUUUUUUAAGAAACAGCUAGCUUACAUUCAGCAGAAACUUACAAGACAGAAUGAUUAGCUGCAUAAUCUUCAUGUGUUCAGUUAUUAUCUCUAAACGAGAAUCAAAGUGAAUUGUUACAAAUAGUAAUCAUGGAUUAGAUUAAUACUUGUUCCAUAGAUCAUGAAUACGACACUUCGUAAUGAUGUGGAACAUGUCAGGUUAAUAAAAGAUGUCUGUACAAGAUA